ACUUCGGGCGGCGAGCCCCGGCACCGGAGGUGUUUGGUUCUUGCCCCACGGUAGUACCACACUCGCCGAGGGCUUCACCUACAUCGACGGGGAGACGGCGCGUCAAAUGCGUCGUCCGGGAACGCUGCCCGCGUCGAGCGGCCAUCAUCAUCGCUCCAGUGGAGGAAGCACCAGCGGCGGGGGCGGGGGCGGGGGUGGAGGCGGAAAUGGUGGACCAGGUGGAAUGUCGGCGGAGGAGAGCUCAUCGUCCUUGAACGGUACCACAGGCGGUGAUGAUCGUGGAAACGUCGCCGGAAGCGGUUCUACCGUUCCUGGUGCUUCCGGCAGUGGUAAUAACGGUGCUAGUACUGGCAGCACCGGUAGAUCGCAUUAUUCCAAUCUCUCGUUGCGUCGUACGCCUCAGCCGCCUCAGCUGCCGUCGAGGGGUAACGAUUGCAUCGAUAGGAUGCACGGCGAGUCGAGGAUUCAGAACGGAAUACCCGGACACCAUCCACCCCCGCCUCUACCCUCGAGGCACCAAUCCAGUUGCUCCCAAUCCUCUUAUCCGACGCUGCCCGUUAACGGACACGGAGCUCAUCACUAUCAUCACUAUCCCCGUGAGCGCGACAAGGACAGAUCCUCGACACGCGAGAGGAAUCGCGAGAGGGAUGGCGGGGGAGGUGGAGGUGUUCGUGCCGACAAACAUCGUGAGGCACAACUCGAGAUGGAACUUCACGAUGGUCUCGAUAUAGCCGGUAUAGGAACUUAUCGAGCGUAAACCAACCAACCAACAACGACGAGUUAUAUUCGAAAUCCCUUAAUGCGACAUCGUUCGACCGUCUAAAAUCAAACUGCCAACGUACGACUAGCCGAUUACACAUAUUUAAACUUUUCCAUUCGGCCGAACAAGAUAAGAAGGAUCAACGACGAUAGGCUGGCUUAACUGCUGCUUGAGAAUAUCUCGAGUUCUGCUUCGUUGUUGCCUUGAUGCGCGAGAGACGCGAUCUUGACGGUCAUACAUAACUAUGGGAAACGUUUCCAACGUCAGAGAUACCUUGAGUUUCAUGGAUGAUGGGAGUGCCAGGGAAACCCCCCUUAGAACCCUUUCUCUCCAACAUUCGUCUUAAACAAAAGCAUAACGAAAGAGAGAAACUUAUUGGGAUUGUAAUACCGCAUAACUGCCCUUUUAUCAAUAUCUACGAGAACUCGCAAAGUAAAUCUAAUACCGUAAAGAAAAAAGAAAAAAAAGAAAAAAGGAAAAAAAAAAAGAAAAUUAAAUAAAAAUCUAACGUUAAUUCUUCGAUUACAAAUAGAGGGAGGAAGUCUUAUUCUUCUUUCAAAUAUUAACAUUCAACAAAAAAAGCGCGUCGACCUUGAUUAUGAAUGACAGACAAGUCUACUACGUGUGCGUACUUGUGUAUGUGUGGGUGUAUGUGUGUGUGUUAUCGAUUACCGUAACAGUUGGUCGAUCAGAAGAUCCUAACUUUGGAACUUAAAGUUCGAUAACUGAAAAAUGUCGAAUAUUCGAAACUACUUUUAACGAGUGGAGUGGGUACGAAAAAAUGGCUACCGUUACGUGGACCAUAGGAAGGGAAGAAAACGAUCGAUAGAUCGAUGCUUCGACGAGGAGAACGUAACUAACGAGAGAAAAAAGAUAUAGAGACAGAAUGAAAGAAAAAAGCGAGAGAAAGAAAGAGAUAAAACAUCUUAAUCGUUAACUCAACAUGCGUGUCUCUUUAGUAUAGCGUUUAGGGUCUCGAUAAUAGUGUCAAAAUGCGUUUUCCUUCGCGUUUUGCCUUCUAUUUACGUAGGAUUGACGUCUGUAUCAUAAAAAUAACAAAAAAAGGGACAAAAAGAGGGAAGAUCAUCCCUUUUCCCUACUAUAACGCAUCGCAAUUAUAUACAUACGUAUAAAUAUACACAUAUACAUAUACAUAUAUAUAUAUAUAUGACGGUGGGUCAUAUUCACAUUUAGAAUAUAUGUAUGUAAUAUAUUCUAAACGGUCGAAUUAUUUUCUAAAUAAAAACACCAAUGUACAGAAGUAUGACGGAGAAUGAUAGUAAAGCUAGUAUUCAAGAUGAAGGUUUUUCUCUUUUUUCUUCAUUUUUUUUCUUUUUGUUUCAUUUUCUUCUUUUUAACUUUGGAUACGUUUUUUGUCGAAAGUUAAUCUAAAAUUAAAAAAAAGAAAAAGAAAAGAAAGAAUAAAGUGGUAGAAAAUAUCCGGUGUAUCCAAUAUUUUAUAUUCUGUUCCUUGAUCAAAAUCAAGUUUGGAAAAGGAAAAUUGAUAAAUAAGAUAAAUUGGAGGAACAGAAGAUGAAGGGAUAUUUAUCAAAAUGAUGGAGAAUUGUCUGGAACGGUGAAAACACGCUCGCUAUUCGAAUUUUAUUCAAUUACGAUAACUUCUCUUUUCUUUUUGAAGUGCUCGAUUAUUUUUUCUUUUUUUGUUUUUUUUUUUUCGAAAAAAUUCUAUCCGCAAAGAUACCUCGAAUAUUGUUUAGUGGUACACGCGUGUAUUUAUGAUUCGUCUUAUUUUAAAUAAUAUUGCGUUGAAAUUGUAACCGAACGAAAGACAUAAACGAUGAUUUGAUCGAUCCUUUUCUCGAAUCAUAUCAAUAAUAUAAAAGAAUUUGUAUUAAUCCUAAGCGUGUUAAAAGAAAGAAAGAAAAAAUAAAUAAUAAUAAAGAAAAGUAACAAACCAUCAAUUAAAAGAUCAAAACAGAUCUUGAAUAAAAAUUUGGCAAGAAGUAAAUGAAAAGAAAACUUUCUCAAAAUUACGAUACUUGUAAGACACAAAUAUUCGUACAGGACAAAUAUACAUGAAUACAUGCAUACUCAUACAUACACACAUACACAUACACACAUAUCAUAGUUCAUUGAUAAGCCAAAGCAAAUCUGGCGCUUUGUAAGAUUACAGAGAAAGUGGUAGAAAUUUGUCAAGUUUCGAAUUUACUCGUUGGAAGUUUAGCGAGGUUGGAAGGACUCGUAAAGAGGACUUCUUGGAAGAUCCAAUGAUCCUCGAUGCAUCGUCUGUUCGUGUCCUUGUUCUUUAGAAAAGGUAGGAGUUUUCGUGGAAGCGUACCGUGACGAGUUCUCGACCUGUAUUAAAAUGCACCGGGUGCGGUUGACUUUAAGUUAGUUAGUUUUCAAGCACGGCAAUCGUUAAGAACAGAAAGAGAGAGAGAGACAGAAAGAUGGAAAGGGUGGUACAGGAACGCGAAUACUUUACUGGUAUACACAAGAAAGAAAAAGAAAAAGAAGGAUGAUGAAAGAUAGACGAAAAGAAUGAAUGAGUGAGUAAGUGAGUGAGUGAGUGAGAGAGAGAAAGAGAAAAAUUGAGCUGGUGCAACUGAAGCUAGUAGUAGAAAGAUGUACUUUGCGGAACGAGAUUAUUUUUCCGCUCGAGUGUACCCAGUGGAAUUCCACGGUCACCCUGCCUGAGAAAGGUGACUGCACUUUGAAUCGACUCGCGUUCUGCCGUUAUGCAGGGCGUGGAGCACCGGAAUUUCAACUUCGUAGAAAAGAGAUCUAUAGCGUCCUCGAAAAACGAUAUUACGGGAUGCUACGAGUUGCUCUACUCGUUGCUCUUCUUCGACAAUUUUCCUUCAUCUUCUUCUUUUUCUUCUUCUUCUUCUUAUUAUUAUUAUUAUAUUUUCCUUUUUCCUUUUUUGGACGCGAACAACUGCUAAGUACACAGCAAGAUUUUUCACCCCCCCUUUUCUCUUUUAGAAAAUAAAUAAAAUGAGGUAAAAAAAAAAAUAUAUAUAGACAGAAAAAAAGAAAUAAAAUGUAAAUACAUAUAUAAUCUCUUCUCGGUAGCUCUCUGUAUGUGUGUGUGUGUGUGUGGUGUUAACCCAUUGCAGCUACUUUUUCGCAAAAGUUCAUUCAACGAACUUGAAGUUUAAAUGUCGUCCGGUUUUUUUUCCUAUUUCCCUUUUUUUUUUUUUUUCUUUUUCAUCGACACUUAUUCCAUUCUAUUAUAUAACCUUUCUCCCUCCCUUUUGAAAUUCGACGAAGCGUGCAAGCGUUAGAUAUAAUACAGGUGUGUAUCCAAAUAAAAAAAGUUGUCUAUAUAUUUUCCACUCUAAUUCGUUUUCUUCUUCUUCUUCUUCUUCUUCCUCUUCUUCUUCUUCUUCUUCUUCAACUUCUUCCCCUUUUUUCUUUUUCUCCUAUACCUACACACUUCUCGUCUCAAAUUUAUAUUUUGUAAAUGAUAAAUAUAUCGAGAUUUUUUACUUAUUAAACAUUCCUUGCCAAUAUCUCUAGGCAUUUUCCCAUUAUUAUUAUUAAUAUUAUUAUUAUUACUAUUAUAUAUUUUCGAUAAUACUAUGUAUAAAAUAGAAAGAAAGAAAGUGCGAGUAUAUGUGUGUAUGUGUGUAUGUUUGUGCAAGAAAAAAUCGAAAUCUUUGUAAAAAGUAAGCCCGUGUGUAAAAAAAGAAAAAUGAAAAAAGUUAAAAUACCUGCGGUAAUAACGAGCAUAGUUCGUUCUUAAUAAAAAAUAAAAAGAGGAAUGGGGAAAGAAUGAAUGAAAGAAAGAAAGAAAGAAAGAAAGAAAGGAAAAUGUGAAAAGGAAAGAAGAAAUUCAAAGGACGAAUUAAUCAAACGUAUUUAAGACGCAAAUACUGUAGAACCUAUCCCGAGAAGCUAAUCGAAGGCGUUUGAAUUCCAAUAACAUUUAACCUAUCCCCUCAUAGGAAUUCCCAGAAUGUGCAUUGAAUACUUGCAACUUCAGUCGAUAGUGUCAGACGUAAAAUUUCAUUAUCCUCGAGUCCUAUGAUAAAACGUGAUGAAAGUUCUGAUAAAAUGAAUAAAAAAUAAUUAUUCAUCACGGUAACAAUUAUAAGAUAGAAAAUUAAUUUGGCGGACGUCUUGGAAAUGUUUCGGAAAAAAAAAUCGUGGACGUGCGCGUACGAUAAAGAAAAAAAAAAAAUAAAUAAAUAAAAAUAAAAAGUAAGACGGAAAGAUAAAAAUUCAAAGACAUUUUUGGGAAGGUAAUUACGAAAAAAAGAAAAUAAAGAACAAAAACACUUAUUUCGGUAGAAAACAACAAGUAUACGUUAACGUUUGGCACGUCACGCCGUGAGAAAUAAAAAUGGUGGAGGUGAAUUGUAUUACAAAAGGAUGAAAAAGGUUAAAAUAUUUAAAAGGGGAAUCAAUUUGAUUGCAAACAAAAGAGAGAGAGAAAGAGAAAGAGAGGGAGGAAAGAUUAUCCGAUUUAUCUCGCAAAGCUUGUAAAUUAUUUCUUCUGAAA